CACAAAACCCUCGCAAACCCCUAGAGAAGAAGAGAAGAGAACAACACCGCACAGUCGAGAAGCGGAGAGAGAGGGGCUUUGGUUUGAGCUCCACAGACUCAUCAAUGGCGGCGAAACGACAAGGAAGCACCGAAUCGAAGAAGAGAAAGAAGUUUUCAGCUAAAGAACCCGAGGAUGGUGAGAAAUCGAAUCCGAAGAGAGUGAAAUUUUCCUCCAAUCAUCUAAACAAAGGUCUGAAGAAACCUUUCAAAUCAUCCAAACAUGAGGGAGGGAAAUCUAAAUUACCCUUGAAUCAUCCAAACAAAGGUCCGAAGGAACCUUUCAAAUCAUCCGAACAUGAGGGAGAGAAAUCGAAUCCGAAGAAGGUGAAAUUGUCUUCGACUCACCCGAAGAAACCUUUCAAAUCAUGCAAACAACAGCCUUUCAAAUUGAAGCCGCAGUUCGCGAAAUCAGAGGCCGGUGGAGAGAAAAAUGUUUUGAAAACGAAGCGCGAACUUCGUUUAGAAGCAAAGGAACUAGCAGAGGCUAGGAAGAAGAAGAGGAAGCCACAUUACACUCUUGAACAAGAGCUUGCAUCACUGUGGGAAAAGAUGAGGAGGCGUAACAUUGCCAAAGAAGAUAGAUCGAAGUUGGUGAGUGAAGCUAUACAGAAGAUGAAAGGGAAGAUUCCUGAAAUUGCAAGCUCUCAUGUUUCUUCUCGCGUUCUGCAGACUUGCGUUAAGUACUGUUCACAAGCUGAAAGGGAUGUUGUAUUUGCGGAGCUUCGGCCACAUUUUCUCACUCUUGCAUGCAAUACUUAUGCAGUUCAUCUGGUAAAGAAGAUGUUAGAUAAUGCUUCAAAGAAUCAGUUAGCAGAGUUUAUUUCCUUCCUGCAUGGGCAUGUUGCUUCUCUUCUUCGACAUAUGGUUGGCUCUGUUGUUGUUGAGCAUGCAUAUCAGUCGGGAAAUGCAACUCAAAAACAAGCUCUUCUGAUGGAAUUGUAUUCUACCGAGCUUCAAUUGUUUAAGGAUUUGGUGUCAAUGAAAGAAAGCAGGUUAGUAGAUGUAAUUUCUAAACUGGGUCUGCAAAAGGCUUCUGUCUUACGAUACAUGAGUUCUUUGUUCCAACCAAUUUUGGAGAAAGGAAUAGUGGACCACUCUAUCAUACACAAGGCAUUGAUGGAAUACUUCAGCAUUGCUGACAAGGCCUCAGCUGCAGAUGUCAUCCAACAGUUGUCGGGUCCACUACUUGUUCGAAUGAUCCAUACCAGGGAGGGAUCUAGGAUUGCGAUGCUUUGUAUCAAGCAUGGGAGUGCAAAGGAGAGGAAGAAAAUCAUCAAAGGAAUGAAAGGUCACGUGGGCAAGAUAGCUCACGAUCAGUUUGGGAGUAUGGUGCUUGCCUGCAUCCUUUCAAUUGUUGAUGACACUAAACUUGUAACGAAGGUUGUCAUUCGUGAGCUUCAAACAAUGUUGAAGGAGCUUGUUCUGGAAAAGAAUGGAAGGCGUCCAUUAUUGCAGCUACUUCAUCCCAAUUAUCCCCGCUAUUUCAGUCCUGAUGGUCUGGUUUCUUUGAAUCUUACUAUUCCUUCUCUCUGCACCAAGGGUGAAUCAGACUUAAAUUCUGACUCAGAUAAGAAGAAGAAAACUUUAGAGGUUGGUAAAGAUGGUGAAGAGAACAGUGGCACAGAGGAUGUUAUAGUUGAGUCUAACAAAAGUACAACCCCUGGUGAGAGCACUGACUUAAUUGAUGGUGGGAAAAAGGAUCAUCUGGUUCGAAGACAAGAGUUGUUGGUCAAUAGUGGUCUUGCUGAGAGUCUCAUUGAUGCGUGCAUUGAGAGUGCAGGAGAAUUACUUAGUUCCAAUUUUGGGAAAGAGAUCAUUUAUGAGGUUGCAACUGGGGGUGCCGGUGGCAUUCUCCUCUCAACAUUGGAUACAAAUUUGGAUGCCUUGCAUCGAGCUAUAGCAUCACUUGUUGCAGAGUCUAAAUUAGAGGACUCAGAAGAAGAGCAUCUCCUUGAAAAUUUCCAUUCUAGCAGGACAAUUAGAAGACUGGUUUUAGAUUGCCCUGCCUUUGCUUCCAUCCUAUGGAAGAAAGCGUUAAAAGGGAAAUCUGAAAUGUGGGCCCAAGGUCACAGUUCUAGGGUAGUUUGUGCAUUCUUGGAAUCUUCAGAUUCUGUAGUACGUGAGCUGGCUAAAAAAGAACUGCAGCCCCUAAUAGACAGUGGUAUGCUUAAAUUACCCGAGAAAAAGCUGUCAGCGAAGGAAGAUUGAAGUCAGUAAAUGCAGUAAGAGGAAAACUGCACCUCAAUUGAACAAGCACGGUGAGCUUUGUUUGGGUCUAUGGCCGAGUCACCUUUGUAUCAUUUUUACUUAAAAAAGUCAUUUUCCCUUAGUGUUCUUGAAUGACCAAAAGUGUAUCCGAGAGUUUUGCAUUUUGGUUGGGAAAGGAAGUGGAAGUUUUGUAAGCAUAUUUGGAGUAAAUUACAGUCAAUUAUUUAACGAAUUUCACUUUUUAAGCUGCAAUUGCAUGUUUAUUACAAUGAAAUUCAUACUUGAAUUUAGUCA